GUGAUAUUGCUAAAGGCCCUAAUUCAGUUCACGAGCAAGGAUUAAUCCACCGAGAUUUUCAUCCUGGACAAAGUAAAUCUGCUAGUUUCAAAAAAGAGGAAGGGCAAAUAUUUGGUGUUCUCCCUUACGUAGCCCCCGAAGUUUUACAAGGCCAACCUUAUACGCAAGCCACCCAUGAUAAUUUGCUGGGAUUAAAGAUAUGCCAAGGUUUACGACCUAACAUAGAUGAAAUUCCGAUACCACGCUUAUUAAAGAAUCUGAUUAAAAGGUGCUGGGAUGCUGAACCAACAAGAAGACCAAGUACUAAGGAGUAG